AUGACUUUCCUGUAUUGGCAUGGUUCUCAAGCUCAACUGGUUGUGACGGAACCUGAUCUGAUUAAAGAAAUCUUUAACAAUAAAAACGGGGCAUUUCCGAAAAGAAAUCUUCCAGUUUACAUGAAGAAGCUUCUGGGGGAUGGAAUUGUAGCAGCCAAUGGUGAAAAAUGGUUCAAGCUGCGAAAACUAUCCAACCAUGCUUUCCAUGCAGAGUGCUUGAAAAGCAUGAUUCCGGCAAUGAUUGCCAGUGUCGAGGUGAUGCUAAAAAGAUGGAGACAGCAUGAUGGCAAGGAGAUUGACGUGUUUCAAGAGUUCAAGCUUUUGACAUCAGAAAUUAUUUCCAGGACAGCUUUUGGAAGCAGCUACCUGGAAGGACAACAUGUAUUUGACAUGUUAACCAGAAUGGGUGACAUUAUUGUCAGGAACCAUUAUAAGAUUACAAUUCCUGGAAUUGGAAAAUUUGUGAAAACGAGGGAUGACAUUGAAUCAGACAAGCUCGAGCAAGAGAUAAAAAAUUGCUUCAUAAAUAUGAUUAAGAAUAGAGAGAAAGCAGCAAUGGAGGGAAAACGGGGUGACUUUGGAAGUGAUUUUCUUGGUAUACUAUUGUUGGCUCAUCAUGAAGCAGAUAAGGCAAAAAGAAUAUCAGUUGAAGACAUCAUUGAUGAAUGCAAAACCUUCUAUUUUGCUGGACAUGAAACAACAAGAACCUCACUCACCUGGACUGUUCUUCUUCUAGCAUUUCAUACAGAUUGGCAGGAUAAGGCCAGGAGGGAGGUCCUUGAAUUAUUUGGCCUGCAAAAUCCAAACCCAGAAGGCAUUACAAAACUGAAUACGGUGAGCAUGAUUAUGAAUGAAACUCUACGAUUAUAUUCUCCUGCUGUUCACAUCCCAAGGAUGGUCCGCAGGGAAGUAAGAUUGGGGAAGCUAAUUAUUCCAGCAAAUACAGAAAUCUAUAUUCCAGUUCUUGUAGCUCACCAUAACCCUGAAAUAUGGGGAGAAGAUGCUCACCUUUUCAAGCCAGAGAGAUUUGCUGAUGGGGUCGCUAAAGCUACAAACAAUAACAUGAGUGCAUUUCUUCCAUUUGGCUUGGGACCUCGGACUUGUGUGGGGUUAAACUUCUCAGUUACUGAAACAAAGAUUGCGCUUGCAAUGAUCCUGCAACAUUACAGGUUUACUUUAUCUCCAACGUAUAUCCACUCACCAGCUCACCUUCUUGCGAUGUCCCCACAACAUGGAGUCCAGAUCAUGCUUGAGACCUUGUAA